CAGCAAGGCGCUAGAAUUGCUUGCUAUCGACUUGGCUGCAACCGGAAGGGAACGCCUUCGCGACCGCGUCCAAAGUACGAGUACGUACGUGGCAGCAUCGGCCGAGUAUCCGGAUAAUCAUGCCCGUCGACAUUUUCGAGAACCUCAUGCGCCAGGCCAUCAUCGGUCGCGCAUGGCGCCCGCUCGUCGUCGCCGGCCCGCUCGCGUCGCUGGCCGUCGCGCACUGCGCAAGCAGCCGCAACGACCUCUCGGACACUCUGCCAGCAAGCGCGAUCCCAACCUUUCUCAAGCACGAGCUCGACGCUGUCCGCGCCGAUAUGGGCACGAACGCGCCAAAAGUCGCAAUCAGCACGCUUCAGCACACGCACAAGCUAGCGUUCGCCGUGCCGCACGACGCCAGGGACAAGGUGCUGCAUGCGUUCGUGACGCAGGUCCAUGCCAACGACACGUCGGCCGCUCUCGAAGUCGUGCCCUCGUCCUCCGCGCCGCCGUCGCUUGACUAUGUUUUUACCGACGGCUCGGGCUCGGUGCAGGUCCGCAACGACCACUUUGUCCUCUUCAAGGACGAGCCAAUGACCAAAGGCGACCUCGUCGCGUUCGCAGCAGCGUACCGCGCAUCGAGCGGAGCGCCUUGCACUUGUGUCUCUCGAGCAAAGGCGCUCGAGGACGUGGCCAAGCUCGGGCUCGUCGUCUACGAUGGCGACGGCGUCUUGACGUGGGAUUCACUCGCGGGCUACGACGCGGUCAAGGCCGAGAUCCAAGAUACCGUCGUCCUUGCGCUGCAAAACCCAGCGCUGUACGAUGCGAUCGCCGAGCGCACGCGCUGUCGGUACGAAAGCAAUCGACCCCGCGCCAUCUUGCUCGAAGGCCCGCCCGGCACGGGCAAGACGCUGAGUGCGCGCAUCGUGGCGUCGCAAGCCGGCAUUCCGCUCAUUCACAUUCCGAUUGAGAGCCUCGUCUCCAAGUGGUACGGCGAAAGCGAGAAGAAGAUGGCGGCCAUCUUUGACGCGGUCGACCAGCUCGACGGCGCGCUUAUCUUUAUCGACGAGAUCGACGCACUCGCGACCGAGCGGGGGUCGGGCAACAUGCAUGAAGCGACGCGCCGCAUGCUCUCGGUGCUCCUCCAAAAGCUCGAAGGGUUCCAGUCGGCGAAAAAAGUCACGUUGAUUGCGGCCACGAACCGCAAGCAAGACCUCGACGCCGCGUUGCUCAGUCGCUUCAACCUGUGCAUCCGGUACGACCUUCCCGACGACGCCACCCGCGCCGCCGUCUUCCAGCGAUAUGCCAAGCAGUUGUCGCCGACCGACCUCAACACUUUGGCGCACCGCACCAACGGCAAGUCGUGUCGUGACAUCAAAGAGAUUUGCGAAUACACUGAACGCAAGUGGGCGUCGACCGUGCUUCGAAAGAAGCAGUUGGCGACGUCGACGCCGAACGUCGACGCCUAUAUCGCUGCGAUCGACGCGACAACACCCGCCAGUGCAUUUGUGGACAUUUAAUGUCCAAUUUAGUCAGUACUGUGCCCCGA